GUUUGAGUGACCGGGCCCCCAGCGCAAUGCCCGAACCGGCCAAAUCCGCUCCAGCGCCUAAGAAAGGCUCUAAGAAGGCGGUGACCAAGACCCAGAAGAAGGGUGACAAGAAGCGGCGGCGCAGCAGGAAGGAGAGUUACUCCAUCUACGUGUACAAGGUGUUGAAGCAGGUUCACCCGGAUACCGGCAUCUCCUCCAAGGCCAUGGGCAUCAUGAACUCCUUCGUCAACGACAUCUUCGAGCGCAUCGCUGGUGAAGCGUCGCGCUUGGCGCACUACAACAAGCGCUCCACCAUCACCUCUCGGGAGAUCCAGACGGCCGUGAGGCUCCUGCUGCCCGGCGAGCUGGCCAAGCACGCCGUGUCCGAGGGCACCAAGGCGGUCACCAAAUACACCAGCUCCAAGUAACGCGGUCGGCGCAGCUUUUUAACCCAACGGCUCUUUUCAGAGCCACCCACUUCCUCCUAUAAGAGCUGAUAUCGCUGCGCCCUUUGAGGGAGCUGAAUGUAUGUGUAGGGGGUGCCAGGCGCUUUAAAUCUGCCUUUAAAAGUGAUGGUUUUGCUGCUUUUUAACCAAAACCGAGCUUUUUCCACCUCUGUACCGGUCACCUUCACUUGCGCGGCCGCUUUCCCCUUCAAACCGUUGCUGCUCUCUGAUUGGAUGAGCGCGAACAUCACGGGGGGGUGAAGCGCGGUUCCCCCUCAGGUCCGCUCCGGGGCUAUAUAAACCCUGUGGUUGAGGCCCCAGCGCCAUUGUUGGUGAUAGGGGGGUAGAGGGUUCUUCGUUGCGGACCGUGCGGGACCGAAGCGUUUUGGCGCUGUAGGUGGGUUCAGUUCUGUUAAGU